UUCAUUCAAUGAUACGAGAUCGACAUUUUUAAUUAUUAGCAUAUCAAAACAAGCUACCAGACUCCCACCUCAGAAUAUUCUGCAUGCCUUUGACACCCAGGUCAGCUCGAGUCUAACAACGAAGUAAUGUUAUUCAUUGUUAUUAGAAAUAAGGCCCAUAACAACGCGCUUAACGUACGCCAGGUGCGCAUUCGCUAAUUUAAGUUGAAUUACACAACUCAGUGGAAUACACACAUAUCUCUUUACGACUUGACAGGCAGUACGCGUCAUUAGUCUAUGUACGGGUAGGGAAACCUCAGUAUGUGAUACACCUUCGUCACACUUCAGUCGUCAGCUUCAUUAUCAGCGGGUAUCGACUUCAAACUAUUUGUCAAGGCCUAGAUACACAAAGAAAUAACAUCUAUAUCGUUUCAUUCUACACGCAGAAUGUUUCCAUUUCGUCAGACUGUGGCCAUUUUCCUGAUGGUUACAAAUGUGAUGCUGCUCUCUGUCCUGGUGUUUAAAACAUCACAGCUGUACACGAAACCGCACUCUACCAUCUUCAGUAACUCGGAGAUCUGUCACAAGGUCACAUGUAAACCAGAAGAGACGUGCUGUGACGUCACUGCAACCAACAAAACCGUCAAUGGUUCUUCGUCUUGCUGUUACGAUGGCUACGGGGAACGUAUUCGUAGUAUUAUGCGAAAGCACCUGGAAGAUAACUAUGAAAGAGAUAUAAAGCAUGAUAACCAUCUCCAGAGGGUGAGGAAAGUUGCUGCUGUUGUAAACGAAGACAAAACUCAACAGAAACCCGCUGCUCAUCUUCAGAUGGACCCUGAUGCGCGGUACGACAAAGAUAAACUUAUCUCGACUCUCCGGUGGAAAACAAAUGGGAAGAGAUCGUUUGUGAAAGACGGACUCAGUGUCGUUGAGGAAGGGAUUUGGGUGGAGAAAGAAGGGUACUAUUUCAUCUACAGCAAUGUCGUGUUUUACAGCAACCAGACUAAGGAAAUCGAGCACGCCAAACUUUAUCAUAACCUGUACAAACGCGUUCCCACGACACCAAUGUCCACAGUCCAAGAGCUGUCGUCCAACCCGCAGUCGACGUGUAACGUCCGACGAGGGAAGCCCGCCUUCGCGCCAUCCUACAUCGGUGCUGUCUACCAUCUGGAGGUCGGGGCCACGGUGAUGGUGAGGACGUCGUCGGUGGAUAGACUUGUCAAACAGCCACAGUCGACGUACUUCGGAAUUUACAUGAUUUAAUAGUUCCCACUAGAGACUAUUACUGUUCGCUGUUCAUCUAAUGUUUGUUUUGUUUAACGACACCACUAGGAACGAAGGAAAUGUUUUAUUUAACGACGCACUCAACACAUUUUAUGUACGGUUAUA